AUGGCCAAGCUCACUCUGCUUACCGGUCUGGCCCUGCUACUGAACGCCCAGAUAGGCACUGCCUAUGUGCUGUCGUGCUACUUCACCAACUGGGCCCAGUACAGGCCUGGCCUGGGGUGCUUCACGGUUGACAACAUCGACCCAUGCCUGUGUGACCAUCUGAUCUAUGCCUUCGCUGGGAUGUCCAACAACGAGAUCACGACCAUUGAAUGGAACAAUGAGACCCUCUACAGAUCCUUCAACGGCCUGAAAAACCAGAAUGAAAAUCUGAAGACCCUCCUGGCAGUGGGAGGAUGGAAUUUUGGGACAGCCAAGUUCUCCGCAAUGGUUUCCACUCCGGAGAACCGCCAGACCUUCAUCAAUUCCAUCAUCAAAUUCCUGCGCCAGUACCAGUUUGAUGGGCUGGACCUUGACUGGGAGUACCCUGGCUCCAGGGGCAGCCCGGCUCAGGACAAGGGUCUCUUAACCGUCCUGGUGAAGGAAAUGCUGGCCGCCUUUGAGCAGGAAGCCAAGCAGGUUAGCAAACCCCGUCUCAUGCUCACCGCUGCUGCUGCUGCAGGACUUUCCAACAUUCAGUCUGGCUACGAGAUCACUGAGCUCGGCAAGUACCUGGACUACUUCCAUGUGAUGACUUAUGACUUCUAUAGCUCCUGGGAUGGAAAGACUGGGGAGAACAGCCCGCUGUAUAGUGACGGCAAUGCCUACCUUAGUGUCGACUACGCUAUGAACUACUGGAAGAGCAAUGGUGCCCCAGCUGAGAAGCUCCUUGUUGGAUUCCCCACCUAUGGACAUAACUUCAUCCUCCAGAACCCAUCUAACACAGCUCUCGGGGCACUGACAUCGGGACCUGGGCCUGCUGGACCUUACACAAAGGAGGCUGGGCUGCUGGCUUACUACGAGAUCUGCACGUUCCUGGACUCUGGAGCCACCCAGGCUUGGGAUGCCCCCCAGGACGUGCCCUAUGCCUACAAGGGCAACGAAUGGGUUGGCUACGACAACAUCAAGAGCUUCAACAUCAAGGCUAACUGGCUGAAGAGCAAUAACUAUGGAGGUGCUAUGGUUUGGACCAUUGAUCUGGAUGACUUCACUGGCUCUUUCUGCAAACAGGGCAAAUAUCCCCUGAUCAACACUCUGAAGAAUGCUCUUGGUCAGCAAAGCAGCAGCUGCACAGCUUAUUGACAGUCCAGUCCUCAAGUCCCUGCAGCUCCUAACACUGGAAGUUGAAACGGGUGCGUGAGCACGAGCUGGAGUAGCAAUUCCAAUGGCUGUGGUGUGAGUGGCUUCUCUGCUGGUAAAGCCAUCCAGACCUAUCCGAUAAGAGCAGCUUGUACCAAUGUUUGAACAUCAAAAAAGUUAUUUGCAAAAUUUCUAGGCAGACAUUGUGAAUAAUACCAUCUGUUCCUGCUGCAGCUGGGCAUGAAGACUCCAGUUCUGUCACAGCAGACAGACCCCUCUGAUCUAAUUCUAUGGAAUAACAAUGAUUAAAUAAAGCAUUUUGCAAAAGCAACAAUCCACUGUAUUGACUCAUCUUGCUCUUCAUAUUGUGAUGCUCCCUGACUCUCUCCCAAUACGUACAUCCAUGCUCAGGGAAGGGCCUGAAUCCUCAAGC